AUAGAAUGAAAAAUUUGAUGAUUUUGUGACAGAGUAUUCUAUAGCGUAAUCCUAAUUUGUUCACCGAAACUUCUGUUUUAGCUUCUUCCUCCCACCUUUCCUUUCUCUCUCUACAUUACACGACAUUCCUUCUCUCUCUCCCUCUCUCUAGGAUGAACAUCGGCAAAUUUGUGCUCCUUGGUUCUUUCUCCCUUGUUCUCUUCGUCCUUGUCUUCUGAUUUUUGUCUUCUUUCCUCUGUAUUUAAUCGCUUUCUUUGGUGGGUGGUACUCAAAUUUCAAGACGAGGGAGGGAUUCAGCAAUGGCUCGGAUUGUUUAUGCUGGAGUGUCGGUGGGUGUUCUCGUGGUGUUGCUUCAGGCUGCAAUGGUUUUGUGUGGUUUUCCGGCGAAACUGACACUAGAGAGGGCUUUUCCGACUAAUCACGGCGUGGAAAUUGCUCAUCUCCGUAGUCGGGACCGGGUGAGACAUGGUAGAAUGUUGCAGUCUUCUGGUGGUGUUAUUGAUUUUUCUGUUUCUGGAACGUACGACCCAUUUCUCGUUGGGCUUUAUUACACUAGAGUGCAACUAGGUAAUCCUCCAAAGGAUUUCUAUGUGCAGAUCGAUACUGGAAGUGAUGUUUUGUGGGUUAGCUGCAACUCUUGCAAUGGCUGUCCAGCAACUAGUGGGCUCCAGAUUCCGCUCAAUUUCUUUGAUCCUGGUAGCUCAACAACAGCUUCUUUGGUAUCUUGUUCGGACCAAAUAUGUGCGCUUGGUGUUCAGUCCUCCGAUUCUGCCUGUUUUGGCCAGAGCAAUCAGUGUGCUUAUGUCUUCCAAUACGGAGAUGGUAGUGGAACAUCAGGAUAUUAUGUUAUGGACAUGAUUCAUCUUGAUGUAGUAAUUGAUAGUUCUGUGACCUCAAAUUCUUCAGCUUCAGUUGUGUUUGGGUGUAGCACAUCACAGACUGGAGACUUGACCAAGUCAGACAGGGCAGUUGAUGGAAUCUUUGGGUUUGGGCAACAGGACCUGUCUGUAAUUUCGCAACUGUCUUCACGAGGAAUUGCACCGAAAGUGUUCUCUCACUGCUUGAAAGGAGAUGAUAGUGGUGGGGGAAUAUUGGUCCUUGGUGAGAUUGUGGAGCCAAAUGUUGUUUAUACUCCUCUAGUCCCAUCACAGCCCCACUAUAACUUGAAUCUUCAAAGCAUCUCCGUCAAUGGUCAAGUAUUGCCUAUCAGUCCGGCUGUCUUUGCGACAUCAAGUAGCCAAGGAACCAUAAUUGACUCUGGCACUACUUUGGCAUACCUUGCUGAGGAAGCUUAUAACGCUUUUGUUGUUGCUGUUACGAACAUAGUUUCACAAUCGACACAGUCAGUUGUCCUCAAGGGAAAUCGAUGUUAUGUUACCUCCUCCAGUGUCUCUGAUAUAUUUCCACAAGUUAGCUUAAACUUUGCCGGUGGUGCAUCAUUGGUAUUAGGAGCCCAAGACUACCUCAUACAACAAAACUCCGUUGGUGGUACUACCGUUUGGUGCAUCGGUUUCCAGAAAAUUCCAGGUCAAGGGAUCACAAUUUUAGGAGACCUUGUUCUGAAAGACAAAAUCUUCAUUUACGAUUUGGCUAAUCAACGAAUUGGAUGGACAAACUAUGACUGUUCAAUGUCAGUAAAUGUUUCUACAGCAACCAAGACUGGAAAGAGUGAAUUUGUGAAUGCAGGGCAGUUCAGUGAUAGUGGCUCUAUGCAGAAUCAACCUGAUAGAUUUAUUCUAAAUUUAAGCAUUUUUGUAUUGUUUGUUCAAUUAUACAUCUUCACCAGCUUCUUCCACUCAUAGCGUAUUGUUUAGAAGAUUAGAUUUGUCAUUCUUUCACUGUAUAGUCAUAGCCAUUGAGCCGCCGAAGUUUCGUUUGUGCGGCUGCUGUGCGCAUAUCGCACGUUGUCUCCUUUCUUAUUUUUAUUUUUCUUUCCUUUUUUCCAUUGGUUUCUUGCAUCAAUAUUAUAUUCUUCCACUAGAAUUUGCCAUAGCUGCAUUGUAAAUUCUUUCAGAUGAACUUAGUCGGUUCUAUACAAGUUUUAACUUAUAAGUCCUCACACU